CAGAACACACACAUUCUCUCUGUUGGAAACCCUAAACAUCGAAUCCCCAAAUCUAAACCCUAACAAUGUAGAUUAUCCUUCAACCUUGCAUAGUUUCAAUUCCAAAUUUAACAAGAAUUGAUGACGAGAAUCGCAGUGUUAAUAGAAGGGUUUUUACUUCAGAAGCUGCUUCGUCUCCGAAGUAACGAAAGAAGCGAUCGCCUCUCCUUGCAACCCAAUUUUUUUCGCCGUCCCGCCGACUACUCCUCCAACGGCGCCGGUGAGUUUGUUUUAGAAAAAUCUUCUCUUUCGAGUCCCAACUUUUGCUUCCCCUAGCAUCGUAAAUCGUGGCAGGCUCUUUAUUCGUAUUACUUUUUGUCAAGUUGGUUUUGAUUUUAGGCAUGCAAGUUUGUCUAGUGAUAUCGUGUUUGUUUCAGCAUUGGUAAAUUUUAGUUUCAGAUCAGAUGAUUUUAGUUUGUUUUGGGUGGUACAUUUUAAACCUCUCUGGGCCGGUUAAAAGGAAUUCUAUUGCUGUUAAGAUUCUGAUUUCAUUAUGUAUGUUAAUUUGAGAUUAUGGUAUGCGUUCGAAUCCGGGAUUGAUUUGGCUUGAAUUCGUAUGGCUUAUGUUUACAAUUUGAGAAGAUGGUAUAUGUUUCAAUUAUAGAUUUCUUUGAUUUGUAGAUCAUGACUUCUGUUUUCAAUUUGGGAAAUGUUGUGUACUCUUUCAAAAUUUAAGCAUUCGUCUUAAUAAGUUUCUUUUCUGCUCUUUUAGGGUCAAGAAUAAAAGCCUACACCAACUAAUCAUUCCUUUAUGAAAUUUGUUUGUAGUCAAAUUACUGUAUUUGAUUCUGUUUUUCUAUUAGUUACUAAUGAGUCUUGUUGAUUUGGUUUGUUUGCAUGAUUUACCCCUUGAUUGCAGAGAGAAGAAUAUAUGGAGCCAAGUGGGUCUUUUGGUCCAGAGCAUUUACUUAAUAUCUAUUUAUUUUUAUAUUUAUUCAUCAUGAAUUGUAUAUUUUGAUUUGAAGUGGAUAAAUCUAACGGGUCCAA